UGUGUUUACCAAACAAAUUUAAAUAUAUAUAAGUAUUUAAAAAAGAAAAACACUAAAAAACAUUAAAAUGGUACAAAACGAUGGUGUUAAUAAAAACCUUUUGAACGACAACAGGCAGCAUGCUGUUAUUGUGUCCAGCGGCGGGGGCAGCGACAACGGUAGUGGAGCCAAUCUCAAGACACAAAUCGUACCUGCCCAGCCAAAAACAUUGCAGCAUUUGCCCAAACGACCCGCCGUCGAUUUGGCAUUUCACAAUUUGACAUAUCGAGUCAAGGAAGGGAACCGAAGCAAUGCCAAAGUUAUACUGAAAGGAGUCAGUGGACGCCUACGGUCAGGUGAACUUACUGCCAUCAUGGGUCCUUCGGGUGCUGGUAAAAGUACAUUGCUUAACAUACUUUCCGGUUACAAAACAUCGAGCAUUGAAGGCGUCGUCACUAUGAACGGCCACGAACGUAACUUGAGCGCAUUCCGCAAAUUGUCGGCGUACAUUAUGCAGGACAAUCAGUUGCAUGGUAACUUAACUGUCCAGGAAGCAAUGACCGUGGCCACAAAUUUGAAAUUGAGCAAGAAAUUUACCAAACCUGAGAAGAAUUCAAUGAUUGACGAUAUUUUACUGACACUAAGUUUAAGUGAACAUCGUAAUACAUUGACGCGUAAUCUAUCAGGCGGACAAAAGAAACGUCUCUCUAUUGCCUUGGAGCUAGUUAGCAAUCCACCGAUUAUGUUCUUUGAUGAGCCGACGUCUGGUUUAGAUAGUUCAACUUGUUUCCAGUGCAUACAUUUGUUGAAAAUGUUAGCAGCUGGUGGUCGAACCAUCAUUUGCACCAUACAUCAGCCUUCAGCACGUCUCUUUGAAAUGUUCGAUCAAUUAUAUACGCUCGCCGAUGGACAAUGUGUUUAUCAGGGCAGCACAAAACAAUUAGUGCCAUUCCUUGGAACUCUCAAUUUAGAAUGUCCCAGUUAUCACAAUCCAGCCAGUUAUGUGAUCGAGGUUGCUUGUGGUGAGCAUGGUGAUCACACACGCAGAUUAGUCGAUGCUAUCGAUAAUGGCAAGAAAGAUAUACGCACAUCAGCCGAUUAUGCUAACUUAAAAGUACGUACAGAUCUAGUUAAGGUGCACAAUAUAAAAGCUAAUGUCAGUGGCGGUAAAUACGAGGGUAAUCUGACAAUGAAUAAUGGCAUUUUAAAUGGUAAUUUAGUGAAUGAUAUUGCCAAAGAUUCUAGUGUUUCCAAUCCCACUACAGCUGUGGUUAGUACUAAUGAAAAAGGUGAUGCUAUGAUCGAUAUGGAGAAAGCUGAUAAUUGCACAACAGCUUUGCUAUCGGCAGAAAUAACUUCCCCCGAGCGUUAUCCCACUUCACAGUUUCAUCAAUUCUGGGUUGUGCUUAAGCGUACACUCUUGUUUAGUUAUCGUGAUUGGACUCUGAUGUAUCUGCGCUUAUUUGCUCAUUUAUUGGUUGGUUUUCUAAUCGGUGCUCUCUACUACGAUAUCGGUAACGAUGGUGCUAAAGUCUUGAGUAAUUUGGGUUUUCUCUUUUUCAACAUGUUGUUCUUGAUGUAUACUUCCAUGACAAUAACGAUCUUAUCAUUCCCUCUCGAAAUGCCGGUACUAUUGAAGGAAAACUUUAAUCGUUGGUAUUCUUUAAAGUCAUAUUAUUUGGCUAUAUCUGUUGCUGAUCUACCAUUCCAGGCUAUUUUCUGUGUUAUUUACGUGACGAUUGUAUACUACUUCACCUCACAACCGUGGGAGAUGUUCCGAUAUUCCAUGUUCUUGGCUGCUUGUUUAAUGAUAUCAUUUGUGGCACAAUCUGUGGGUUUAGUUGUAGGCGCUGCUAUGAACGUACAAAAUGGCGUGUUUUUGGCACCAGUCAUGUCUGUGCCGUUCUUACUAUUUUCCGGCUUCUUUGUGUCAUUCGAUGCCAUACCCGUUUACCUACGUUGGAUUACGUAUCUAUCAUAUAUACGUUAUGGUUUCGAAGGUACUGCUUUGGCCACCUAUGGCUUUGGUCGUGAAAAACUAAGGUGUUUCCAAACCUACUGCCAUUUCAAGUCCCCAAUAACUACUUUAGAGGAAUUGGAUAUGGUGAACGCUGACUUCACACUUGACAUUGUGGCGCUCAUUGUCAUCUUUGUCGUAUUGAGAAUUUCAGCGUAUAUGUUUUUGCGUUGGAAAUUAAAAACAACACGAUAAUUUAAUCUAAGCAUUAAGAAACUAUGCUAAGCAAUGUGAAAUUAAGUGUUGAAUUUGUGAAAUUAUUAUUAUUUUUUCGAUAUGUACAAUAUUUUUAGAUUUUUUAAUUUUUUGUUUAUUUAGUUUUAUAAGUUCUUUAAGAAAAACGUGAUCUUUUGUUGAACAUAAUUUAAAAUUUUUUCUGUUUUUAUUUAUUAUUUUAUGUUGCACAUCGAUAUGCAUUCGAUUUGAAGUUUAGAAUUUUUAUUUCACAUCUCUGAGAUAUUUUCAAAGAACAACUUAUACAAAACAAAAACAAUUUAGUUUUAGGUACGAGUACAUAAUUUAUACAAAGUUACCAAUUACCUUAUAUAUAUACAUUACACAAAUUACACAUACACUUACAAUUUAUCAUAUACAUAAUAAUAAAUUGAUGUGGUUACUGUUUCAUAUAUUUGGAUGUAUUUUUAUAAAUAACAAAAUAACAAAAUAACAAAUUAUUAAUAAAUUCUGAAAUAUUGCCAAUUUUUAUAAAUAUUAAAAAAAAUUAUUGUAAAGGCUGGUUUCCAACAACAAUUAUUAGCAAUUGUCAAAAAUAAUGAAUUUUUAAAAAUUUAUUAUUUUCUCUACUAUAUUUUAUACAAAUAAAUUGUUUAUAUAGUAAAACAUUUUUGUUAAGUAAAUGAAAUAAAACUACAAAAUAAGCAAUAACGAACAAUUUGGCGAAACAUUUAUAUUUUUUAUAUUAAAAAUAUCUUUUUAUUAAGUAGUGACCGAUAAAAAAAACUUCUUAGUUCUAUCUAUUUUUCAUAAACUUUACAUACUAGUUUUUAACUACUAAAAAGAAAGCAUUGUGUAGGGAAUAAAAGCAUAAAUUGUUGUCUUAUUUAUAUAUAUGCAUAUAUAGGUAUGCAUAAAUGUUUAUGGAAUAUAUAUAUAUGUAAUAUAUAAUAUUAUAAUAAUAUACAUAUUUGAUAUUUGUAAAAAAUUUUAUAGUAUUUUAUAAUAAAUUUUUAUGUAUUU